CAUCGAUGACCACCUUCUAUGACUCCAACAACUCUGUCGGUUCGCUCGAUUUGUUGGAUGUUGCACACAGCCUACCCCACAGCGAGCAUACCAUUCUCACGACGCUCUUACCAGCAGCCAAGAUUUUGGACCAUUCUGAAGAGAUGUCUACCUCAUCCUCUAGCCCCAGCCCAAGCGCUCAACCUGAAACUGAACGAGAUGAUUCGUCAUGUGCAAUCCGUUUGCCGACCUUCCUUAGUGACCUUGAGACUACUGCAAGCAUGACCAACCACGCACGUCACCAGCCGAAUCCUCAAGGCCUAUCAUUUCCAUCACCUCCACAGACAUCUCCUGUUACUGCCCCCCUACACUCAGCCCUUGAUGGAAACAGUGCGUUAUCGUGGCAAGCGUUUUUGGAUAAGUAUGCUGCUGGAAGCUGGGAUGCCUCAAAGCCGCCGCCAAAGCCAGUGCAAGGCACGUCAUCGGGAUCAAUCCCUCGUGCGAAGAGCUUUUCUGCCCCCUUGCCGCCUCCGUGUGCCGCAGGACCUGCCAAUGUUUCUACUUCAACUGAUAGAUCCCCCAGUACUAUUGAAGAAAUAACUCAACUUCCUGUGCCUCGAAUACCAAAAAGUGGUACCCGUACUCAAAGCACACCUCGUUCUUCGUCAUCCCGUGUCGUUGCGUCCAAAACACUAGCUCAGCGACGUAUGGGAGAAGCUAUGGCACUGUCGCACGCGCCCAACGCUGACGGAACCGUGGACUCAGGAUUGAUCCACUCACCGAAUCUGGCGGCGCCAGGCCAACUCACUCCUGGGUCACGCAGUAUACCCGACCUUACGCAAGCUGUUACGGACGCUGCAACCGUUCGCUUGGCAGGUGCCAAUGCUAAAGUUGCACCCCUCACAUUGUCGUCGCCCGAAAGUGAAUUACUUGAUCCCCUUCGGCAUCUCGUCUCAAGCGUGUCUACACCGUUGAGCCAAAUGGACCUGGACCCAUUCGACGACGAGCCGCACGUUCCUCAGCAGCCGCAACAACCUUCUGCCACUGUCUCUUCCUCAUUUCCCCCUGUUCCUGCUGCUGCCCUGGCCCCCUACCAUUUGGCUUCCGGCUCAGAUGUACAAUGUCCAGUGCCGCCACCAUUCGGGCAUACCGAAAGUGCCGAAACCGUGAAAGGCCUUUAUCCACCUUCGCCCCAGCGGGAGACCCGGAGUGACGAACCCAGCAGCGGCGAGAUUCCGGCUUUGCCACAACCACUGAGGUCAUUCAAUGCAGCAGGAGCACGUUCCAUGUCUGGAUCCACGCAACAGUCGCAAUCGUAUGCACAGGGUUUCGGAUAUAGGCAUCCUCACUCUCGGAGCCACAGCCGAUCGUCGUUAGCCUCAGAUAUAUUACAACACUUAAGUUCCGUUACUUUGGUUGACCCACCACCCUCUUCAGUUCAGACACAGCGUACACCUCCAAACAGAUUCCCUGUUUCUCCCCUGUCGCACCCUUCAACGUCCCGACCAAUAAGAUCUCUUGGGUCUGGGACGCUAGAAGAGACGAGCUUUCGUGAGUUGGGCUUUCUAGUGCCACCACGGCCUCUGGACGAGUUUGAUCGACGGAAAGCGUUACAUAGAUUUGGGGUGUUGAACACUCCUGGGGAUGCGAAUUUUGACCGGAUUACACAUUUAGCCAAACUCGUGUUUCACGCAAAGUGGGUUCAAAUCACGUUGAUUGACGACCAGGAAGUGCAUGUCAAGCAUACUACGAGCACCGAAUAUCCUCCUGCCAUUCACAGGCGCGACGACUCAUUUUGCGGUCACACGAUCCUUCAGAAGGAUGAUGUAAUGGUUGUGCUGGAUGCGACGCAAGAUUGGAGGUUUGCUGGAAAUCCGUAUGUCACUGGACCUGCGAAUGUGCGGUUUUAUGCUGGUGCUCCGCUUUCGACAUCUGAUGGCUACAAUAUCGGAACGAUGUGCGUCGUUGAUCCAGUUCCAAGGGCAGAGUUUGGUCCCAGACAACGGCACACACUGAAAGAGUUUGCAGCUAUUGCGAUGCGCGAGAUAGAGCUUUGGAGGGACAAGAUUCAAUUGCGAAUCCGUGAUCGGAUUCAGACGUCCAUGGAGAACUUCACAAGGGAGUGUCUGGAGAUGGAUUCCCCAGAUCCUGUCCAUAUCGCCGCACCCGAGGAUAAUAUGCGAAGGGUGUAUGAGAGUGCAUCUCGGCUCGUCAAACGCACACUGGACGUAGAGGGAGCGCUCAUCGUUGAUGUGUCGAAUUUCGAGGUCUUGCAGAGCCCUGAAGCGAAAAUUAACAAGACCAAAUGCGAUAGCUCACUGUCCGAUCAGCCCGUCAAACGAUAUCAUGGAAACCUUUUCGAAGCUACACAGCACCACUCCGUUUCUACCCCGAGUGCGGCCACGGAUGACUCCGAAGACAUAAACUUUGUUGCCGACCGCCGACACGAAUAUGGGUGCAUACCUGCCCCGCCACUGCUGGCGUCCACAACAUCCGAUGCACCAACAGCAGCAGGUUCUUUGGAGACGGAUUCUAUGCUCUCUGGUGAUGACCACCACCAGCUCUCCGAGUUCCUGGUGGAGUAUCUGGAUGGGAAAAUUUUUGAAAGAGUUGUCCCAUCAUGUUUCAGAAGUGUGGUCCCAUCGAACAUCCAAUAUGCCAUGCUUGUACCAAUAUUCAACUUGGAUGGCAAACCAUUCAUUAUGCUCUGCGCUUACACGACAGAUCGGACGAAACAUUUCCUCGAGGGAUAUGAGUUACAAUUUCUCCGUGCUAUAGGGGUUAUCAUUUUAAGCGCAGUGUUGAAGCGGCGAAUGAUGCUUGCGGAUAAGGCCAAGAGUUUGUUUAUCUCCAACAUUUCCCAUGAAUUAAGGACUCCAUUGCAUGGGAUUCUAGCAGCGGCGGAGCUCCUGUCAGACACUGGACUCACCAUGAUGCAGCAUUCCUUCCUGCAGACUGUCCAGGCAUGCGGAACCUCACUGGUGGAAACCGUCAACCAUGUUCUCGACUUUUCCAAACUAAGUGGGAAUUCUAAAGCCGCUUCUAUAAAGCGGGCUCCUGUGGACCUUUUUGCGUUAUUGGAAGACACGAUCGAGGGUUCCUGGAUGGGCUCUCGGGCUCGUGCUGUCUACGGAGCAUCGGAGAUCGGGAGCGCUUACUGUCCGCCAAAGAGGGCAGGAUCGUUAAGCGACGAUCCUUCUGCCAGCCACGUCGAGAUUGUACUUGACGUAGGUUACCGGACGACCGGUUGGUACCUCAAGUGCGAGAAGGGUGGGAUUCGGCGAGUGUUGAUCAACUUGCUUGGAAACAGCUUAAAGUUUACUUCUAGCGGUUUCAUACACAUUGCCCUUCGUGAGCUUCCUCCCGAUCCCGAAUCACCCGUUGUUCGUGUUGAGCUUGCGGUCAUUGAUUCUGGAAAGGGUAUUAGCAAGGAUUUCUUAAAGAACCAUCUCUUCCACCCCUUUACCCAAGAGAACCCGCUCCAGACUGGAACCGGCCUCGGCCUUGCCAUCGUGAAUAGCAUCGUCAAGUCCGAAGGUAUUAACGGGAAGGUGGACGUGUGGAGUUCCGAAGGAGUCGGAACGGAGAUUCGAGUGGCCAUGGAUACUGAAUUACCAGCUCGACCAAUCAAGGAUCCACACGCGGUAUCACCGAGUUCACUAACUACAGACCUGCUUCCGGGUGCUCGCAUCGCAUUUUUAGGGUUCGACACACAACAUAAAGGGCAAAAACUCCUUCAAAACGUCCUCUCGACAUAUUUAACAGAAUGGUGGCACUCGACGAUAGCACAGAAUACCACUGACGCAAACAUCAUUAUCAUCAACGAGGAUGUUUCCCUAGUGAAAAACUUGGGCUCGUCGGGGGGUGUCCCUUGGCCUGUAGUAUUCCUCACUACGUCUAGGGGUGAUGAAGCUUUAUCGAAAGCCAUCUCAGUCUUUGAGGGUUUAGGAGGGUUCUGCCGCAUCGUCUUCAAGCCUUGCCGACCUUCUCAUAUUCAUGCAUCAAUCAAGGAUUGCUUGAAGGCAGCAGGCCUCUACCCAGAGGCUUCCACAGAGCCUCCUCAAUCACCUCUCUCGCCCCCUUCUCUUACAUCAAACGUCUCUAUAUUCUCUGGCGGAGAUCCUCAACGUCAACUGCCUACAGCAGAACGACCAACCCGAUCAUUCUCUGAUCCUAGUAGUCCGUCCUCGGCUGAGGGCCGGCACCGGCACCGCUCUAUGGAAUACCCAUUCGCGUCUCCCCAGCGGCCAAUGAUCACCCGCAGCGCGACCCACAUGCCAACAGGCAUACGAACUUCACCUUCCUUACCAUUGUACCCAUCGUCUUCAGAGCAAACUCCUGAGUCUGGGACAGGACCCCCGGGUACCACCCCUCUGCCUGAUGGGUCGAGCAUUAGGGUAGAAACCCGAGGGUCUCCACCAAGUCCUGAUCGCCCGAUGCGCGUUCUGAUCGUGGAAGAUAAUCACGUCAAUCGCACGUUAUUAGUACAAUGGCUGAAGAAAAAGAAUUUUGAUUAUGAGGAAGCAAUGGACGGUCAGCAAGCCGUGGACUUAUAUUCAACGAAUCCUCCAGGCCAUUUUGAAGCUGUAUUGAUAGAUAUGUGCAUGCCGGUAUUAGAUGGUGUUGGGGCCACCGAGGCGAUUCGAGAAGUUGAAAAGAAACGAACACUGGAACCAACCUCUAGAACGACACCACCCCAUCGGGUGAAGAUCUUUGCCCUGUCUGGCUUAGCUAGCCAAGCUGAUAAGCUGCGAGCAUUCAACGCCGGUGUAGAUGGAUAUCUCGUCAAACCCGUGUCGUUCAAAACACUCACGACUCUUUUUGAUUCGUUUUAAUCCUUUUUUUUUUUGUUCAUGAUCAUACUAAUUCUCUUGCCAAUCUCAGAAUCUCGUUAUCUUCAAACUUGCCACUUGAUUACAUCCACCUUACUGCUUCAUGACCUCGUACAUUGGACGAUAUAUUCUAUAUUUUGCCUGGCCGUCGAGGUCAUUGUACCUCUCUAAUACAUUUCUAUUUCCCCCUCGCGUGAUGAGUGAAAAUAUCAAUUACGUUUUUGAGCCCGAGCUCCUUUCGUUUCUUUGCCCUUUCUUGUAUUAUCUGAGC